AAAAAAAGGGGAGAUUAGAGCAUCUUUAUCUAUAUACAAAUGCGAUGGAAUCGAUUGAAGCACAGCUGCAACACGCAGGUGUAUCGAAACAGGCAAAAACUAUAUGCUACCUGAACAUCAAAUCGGGAAAUUUGGAUUUAAAAAAUGGCAUAACAUUACAGUCUAUUUUGUCCGGUUUGUCUCAACGCUUCUGUUCUUUAAGUAAUUUAAAGAUAAAGUGCACCAUGCACCAUUGUGCACUAAUCGAAUUGUUUCAAAUGUUACCAUCACUUUUGGAAGUGUUCGUAGAUGGUAUUUGUUUCGAUGCAACCGAAAACAUAAUCAUGAUACCUAUAACAAGAACCAGAAUUCAGUCUCUGUCGCUCACUAUUUUAUCCGCCACAGCUCCCGACAUGCUUCAAGCAAAUCAAGUGAUGGAAUUUAUUUUACAAUCGUGUCCUCUAUUGAGCACUUUUACAUUAAAUGGAUCUGUGUUCGAAAUUGCAAUUUUAAAACUUUGUUUCUUUUAUCACCAAAAGCUGACGAAAAUCACUAUCAAUGUUAAAAAGGUUCAAUACUAUACCUUUAAUUGGGAAAACGAGAAACAAGGGCUUCAAUGGGCAGAUUAUGAUGAGAUAGCUGAAUCAAAUGAUAUAACCGGAAGAAAACCUCAUAUAGACAUAGCCUGGAGGGGUAAAAAUGUCAUACUGGUUUUAGCAAAAGCUCCUGUAACUAUCUAAAGAUAUAUUGCAAUUUGUAUGUCAAAAAAUAAACUAUCACU